CCGCUCCAGACCGAUAUGGCAACCCACGUUAUGACCGCCACCACUACUGCUCCUAUCAACCAAAUCUCCGUCUACCAGCAUCCGUCUCCCGUGCACUCGGGCGCCAGCACUCCCGCCAACAACUCGCCCACCUCGCCUCGUCUACAGUACCUCCCUCUCCAGACCCGCCAGCUGCGUCCUCCCAAGGCGCCACUGUAUGUUCCCGCUGCUCUGCGGCCGACCGAGCGUCCGUCCAAGCCGUCACCCCCAACUCCUCCCCGCAGCGUCCACGGCUCUCUCGACAGUCUGAACGACGGCGAGACUACCAGCGAGCCCGUCAGUCGUCGCGCAACGAUGGAAACUGUCAGUAGUACUGGCGGAAUCAGAAAAAUGGCUGAGCACGAGUGGAUGAAGAACGAACAGCUUGGAGCUGUUACUGGUCUCCCAACCAGAGAACAUUGGAAGGCGGACUCGGCUUCCCGUAGCUGUGACUCGCCCACCUGUCGCUCCUCGUUCGGUCUCUUCCUCCGUCGCCAUCACUGCCGCCAUUGCGGCCAUGUUUUCUGUUCCUCGCACACUCCUCAUGUGGUCCCUCUCGACCAGGAAGCACGCUUCCACCCGGACGGUGUCCCUUCUCGAGCCUGCGACUUAUGCUGGAGUGCGUACCAGCGCUGGGAAGAAGCCCGUGCUGAGCGUCUAAGUAAGAUCCAACAAUCGAUCGACUCUCAGGACGAGGACGACCAGAGCUCCGAUGGCCACAGCCCGACCAGCUCUGUGGAAGCCUCGCUGGCCGAGGGACGCAAGCAGGAGCCUACCAACCCAGGCCAGAACAGUGAGAUUGCUGCCAGCGUCCCUCGUGGCUGGAACUGGAGCACCUUCUAAUCGGCUACAUCGACUUCAUCGACUACAUCAGCUGCAUCGACGAAAUUUCUAUCUAAUUAAUGAGCCUUCACAUUGAUUGAUGAGGCUCCGCGACCGCAACUUCACUUCGACACACCACCUUCUAGACAUUUUAUCCCAAUUGCUUGGGCUUGCGCAGCUUUCGUCAUUUACAUGGAGUUCGGUCUCGCGAUGUUCACGGAUCUACUUUCGCUUUCGUCGAGGUCUCCUCUAAUGUUGUGAUCGUUCGUAGAUCUGGGAGGCUUCUUCUAUUGUUUGUUUCUAUUCGCUAGGAUACCCUGUCAUGCGUACACGUUCUGUUUCCCUUCUUCUGCUUCUCUUUCAUGUUAAUCUUUUAUUUACAAUGGCGUUACGAUAUCCGACGCAGCCUAUUUUCGGUACUAGAGGCGUUAUUGACAAUUCAAAAUCAAAUUUUUAGGAAUCUUU